GCCGCACCAUCGGGCAGCCCCAAAUACGUCCAGCCAUGGACGAAUCCGACGACGAGUCGUCGGCCGCCUCCGAGGAGCUCACAAAUGCAGCACCCGUCGAGUGCUGCGUCGACGGCUGCACGCUGAGUGUGAAACCAUCUACAAAAUGCUGGCAGCUCGCGGCGCGCUACGGCCGCUUCCUCGCGCGCGCGCAGGGUCUCGAUGAUGACGCGGCGCCGCCACUCGUAUUGACGAGAGAUGGCAAGGUCGUGCCCCAUUCUACACUUGUGUCGUCGCUGGCCGGCGUCGAGUUAAAUGCAGUCGGCGCGGACGGACCGAUAUCAAGGCCGCGCCCGCCGCCUCCAGAACGAGGCGACGACUGGCGCGACGCGACGUCUUCCAGUGAUGACGAGGACGACGUGGCGCCGCCGCCGGUGGGCCCAGUUGACGACAGUGAAAUGAGGUGGCGGCAGGAAGCGAGCGACUCUCCGGAAAGCUGCUGGGGUCGUUUACUGAAGCUGGAGGACGUGGCUGGUGAUGAUAGAGACCCGGUUUGUGAUCAACUCGUGAAAGCGCUCGAACCGCUCGAUGUAAAUGCCGCCUGGGACGACCGUGAUUGGUUAGGAGGCACCAUGACACUACGAGAAGCGGCGCGAUCAUGUAGCUUUGUGAAUGCUGUCGACUUGAUCGUGGACGGCUACGAUCCUGCCACGCAUACGCCUAGGGACGCGGGCCUCCAGCCCGAUUUUGUGGAGUUGCCUGAUGCAAGGGACGCCUGCGGCAUGUUCUGCGUGUUUGGGUAUCCGCACGUCGCGGCCUGCGUCAUGGGCCAGAUCCUAUCAAAAGCACGGCCGACGAUCGCGUGGCGCGUCGUUAGUGGAAUGCACUACGCGUGCGUCCUCGGUCAUGAGUAUGUGAUAGACGCAUGUGCGGCGUACUACGAGUACGACGCCGCGAGAACAUUAGCCGAGGACGUGCGGAACGGUGUUUUCCAAGUCGUGCCCUGCUUUGGCGACGGGUCGCACGCGACACAAGUUGCGAAAAGGGUCACCUUUAAGAAACGGAGCAUGGCGCAUGAAACGCUGACCAUCUCCAACAGAUUGGAGACGCUGCCGAACCGCGAUUCCAUCACGAAAAUCCGCUUCUUGUUUGACAAAGAGGGCUCCGGCCCGCUCGCGGACGACCAUGAUGCAUCAGUACCCGUGGCUUCACCAAAGCUCUGGCUCUCUAAAAAGGACGAAGGGAAUCAGUGUUUCCGAGCGCGCAACUUUCAAAGCGCUCUUGGCGAAUACGACGCGGCGCUCGACGCGCUGCGCCGCGCUACGAAAGUACAACUGGAAGCUGUCGCCACGGUCCUUGGCAACCGGGCCGCGUGUCACGUCGAGCUCGACAAUUCCUCGGAGGCCCUCGCCGACUGCCGCGCGGCGAAGGCGUGGUGGAGUUUACUCGGCAAGGAGCGGCUCAAUACUGAUGAGGUGAAGGCCAAGCGCGCCAAGCUCGAAGCCAGGCGAAGGCGCCUCAAAAAGGCGAAGCGGGCCGCGUCCGUGAUCCUCGUGACGGAUCCAUCGAAACGCUCAUACGUGGAGCGCGUCGUAAGGUGCUUCCUUGCCCAAGAGUCGUCGGAGCCGCUGGAACUGCUUGUUGUGGACGACGACGACGGUAGUGAUGGAGACGCGCCGCCGUUCUGGGUUGAAUUAAUGAAGCGGGACCGGCGCAUCCGCUACGUCAAAUUACCGGAAGGAACCUCGUUGGGCGAGAAGCGUAGAAUAGCGUGCGAGGAGUCGCGGUUCGCGACGCUCGUCCAUUUCAGCGACGACGCGGUCUAUGCACCUUCCUAUGUUUCAAUGAUCACGGAAUUGGCCGAGGCCGUCGUCUGUCUAGGCGCGUGGCACUGCUACGACACGGCGAGCGGCCGCGGCGGUUUUGCGGAUUUUGAUGAUGACGCGUUGCGGAAGACCGUGCCUCCCGAGCUCGCGCAGCUGAUCAAACAGGGCGUGUUGCACGGUGGCUUUGGGCUGUGCUACGCCAAGAAAGUCGCGGAGCGGCUCUACCCGUUUGAUCGAGCGAUGGAUGCGGACGCGGCGUUCCUCAAGGCGUGUUUGGACGAUGAUGAUGUCAAUGUGUGCUCGGUCCGCGACGCCGGGGCUCUAUGUCUUCAAGUUCUCCCUGGUACCGCUCGGACCGUCGCGCUGACGUCGUGCUCUUCGGCUUAUCUAGAAGCGUCCCCGGUCGGGAAACUGGUCGAGCUGGGAUCCAACGACGCGCCGGCGAAGCGAGGUUUAUUUGUCUGGGACGCCGAGGUGCGGGCCGCGGGCGACGAGGUCGCGGCGACGCGUGUCUUGGAGGCGUGGAACCGGAGCGAUGCGGGGUUUUCUUAGUGUUGUGUGUAAUAUGCUUGUGAAUAA